UUCUUCUUCAUCAGCUUCUUCAUCUUCAUCAUCAUCAUCUUUAGAGUUUCAGAGAUUGAUCAAUUGGGUCCAGAGCAAUGACAAAGAGGUAUGCUUUUGAGGAGAAGGAGAUGGCGCGCAUGCUGCUGCUCGUGUCGCGGGAGCAGGCGAUGCCCAUGCCGAUGCCGAUGGCGGUGCGCGGUGACCGCGCCCCGGAGCGGGUGUUCGUGUGCAAGACGUGCGACCGCGUGUUCCCGUCGUUCCAGGCGCUGGGCGGGCACCGGGCCAGCCACAAGAAGCCACGGCUGGACGACGGGGGCAACCUCAAGCCCAAGUUGCACGGAUGCUCCGUCUGCGGGCUGGAGUUCGCCAUCGGACAGGCGCUCGGUGGCCACAUGCGGCGCCACCGUGCCAUGGCCGUAGGCGGAGGUGGUGGCGUCAUGGCUAUUACGCCGCCGACAGCAGCGAUCAAGAAGCACGGCGACAGCAGCGACGACGCCGUUGUCGGCAUGAAGCGUGGGCUGUGGCUCGACUUGAACCAUCCACCUUGCGAUGAGUAUGGCACCAGCAGCGAGAGCGACGACGAGUGCGGCCACGACGCAGCUGCCGGCGGGUACACGUUCCACCAGUUCCUGGAUACCGGCACCAUGGCGGUGGACUGCGUCUAGCUACCCCAUCUCCCACUCCGUUGCCGGGUUUUUGCCGGAUAGUACAAUAUUUUCCUGUGUGUACUUUGGCAGUAACUUCUUUUUUACCCCUUUUCUAUUCCUUUUUCAUGCAUGGAUAAAUCCAUAUUUUGUAGCAGUAGACGAGUGCCCAGUGAAAGGCAUGCCAUGGCACAUAAAUCAUUUCUUUGAGAUGAUUAAUUUUGUGCUUAAUUUGGUGGCUUGGAGGCUCACCAGAGCUAUUUCCCUCAGGUUUUCCGGUUAUUAUUUGCCCGGUUAUUAUUGACAAAAAAACCUUUGGUCAAGUGGCUCAACAUGUAAUUAUCCAAUUGUAGUAAAGUAUAUAUGGAUCUCGUGAUUUAUCAAUU